AUGACGAAACCACUACUGAACACAGAAGAAGCACGUAGAAAAGCGAUGUACCAAGUUCUAGCAAAAGAGCAACAGUACACCGCCUCCCUACAGUUUGCAAUUACCAGAUUCGUCUCCGCUCUCGCUGAACGAAAAGACCUAAUAUCGCCGUUAGACCACCGACUCCUUUUUCAAAAUUCGGAAGAGGUGCAUCGUAUCAGUGAGGAAAUACUAGAGUGUCUAGUGCCGGAAGAUGGCGAACCCCAGAUACACCUUUUACUAAAAGUCUACCAUUCGAAGCUAUCGGAUAUUAUAACGUCAUACAAACGCUACUGUUCCGGUAUUAAAAAGGCGGAUUGCAUUUUAGUAAACAAAACUCGAAAUUCCAAUUCGGACUUCGUACGAUUUUUACAAACGCCUGCGGUACCGCGAAGAAGACCCGACAUUACUUCCUUUAUACAUAAACCCCUAGAACAUUAUCGCGAGAUUUUAAAGUUGUUCAACGUCAUUUUAAGUCAGACCAAAGCGAACCAUGACGAGUAUGCUCUCAUUAGUAAAAUUGUUCAGGAUUUGCAGAUAGCCUAUAGGGAGAUGACGGCCGAGGCGGGACUGAUGGAGCCGGUUGGGGAAGGUAGACCUCUACUAUCCGUUCAAGAUUUAGAAAAUCGCCUUGUGUUCACCAAGUGCAAACCUUUCGUUUUAAGUAAACCGGGUAGGCAAUGGAUUUUUGGCGGUGAUCUGGGUAGAGUAGAAGGAAGGAGCGUCAGACAGUAUUGGACGUUGCUAUUUAGCGAUUUAAUUUUGUUCGCCAAAGUGUCGAGGGAUAGGGUUUUGUUUAUAAUUGAAGAUCCGCUUCCAUUGGUGCAUAUAACUGAUUUACUCUUUAACGUUAGGAAAAAAGCGAACGAAUUUAGGUUAAUAGUACACCCGGGUGGAACUGCGGCGAAAAGUCCGACGAUACAUUGCGGCCCGGAUUUAACACGAACGCCGCGGAAAAGUUCGAAUAAAAGGUGUAUCGUACUAAGGGCCCCCACAACUGAACUGAAGGCUGUUUGGCAAAAUUUGUUACAACGACAGAUCUGCCACGUUAACGCGGGCAUGGAAGGCAGUUCAUUUAGCAGCCCAUUAGAGUCUCCGGACGUUCCGGUGACCUCAUCCGUUGGCACCCUUCAAUCGACAGAAUCGCUGUCGAUCCGUCGCCAGACUCCCCAAUGCCUAAACGUAGAAAGCUGUGGCAAGCAAAAGCAGUUAGACGAAAUAAUAGAGCAUAAAUGUAAGCAGUUGGGAAAGUGUAGCAGUAGUACCAAAGGAAGCGCCAUACACUUAGAGCAGUGGAUGAAAGGUCAGUUGGGCAGAGACCAAACGCUCACACCCGAAGAGGAGUCUGAUUGCGAAAUAUGGAGCGUGGACAUGUUGCGGAGGCGAACGGAGGAGCUCAUGAUAAGUGACAACCGAAAUUCGCCUAGGCAUUGCGAAAGCAGGUGCGAGGAGCUUAUUUUGUCAGAUCACAGUCCGUCCAAGAGCACAAGCCCCGAAAGCCAGGUAACCGUUCGUUCAAGCCCGAAUGCCAAAGAAACCGUGAGAGUAUGCCAACAAUGCCACAACACCUGCCGGACUAACCCUAACGCUCACAAUUCCAAUAACAACAUUAACCAUAGUAAGUGCACCGAAUAUAACAAAAAUGCAAUAAACCUCAAUACAACGAACCUAUACGAAGAUAACAUUAUCUGUGAUGAAUUUGGACGUUUAAUGCUAAUGGGAUUUAGUGCAGUUAAUCCGGCCGCUAGUUUGGUAAAGCUUGAUCCCUUUUCGCCUCUACCCAAAAUAUCAGUAGUCCCUCCAACGCCCGAUACUCGUUCCGAAUUUAGAUAUAGUGAGUCUGUAUGUAGUAGAAUAUCGACGAGUCAGCUAAACAAUAACGAAUGUUCUCCCGACGAUUCCCCCCAAGACGAAGAGCAACCCUAUCACUCGCUCAGCAGCUCUAACCCGACGCUUCGAAGGUUCGGUACCGUCUCGAGUCUGGAGCGCGUUGGUUCCGAGGAAACCGACGAAAACGACGAAGCCGAGACUUCAGAAAGUGAGGACGACGAAAGCAUGGGCAUCGACAAUAGGGGAUUUAAUCCGCCGACAAUUAGAGGGUGGACAGCACGUGCUGGUGCGUUCAUGUCUGAGAAAAUGGCGUUUUUUGAGAGAUUGGGCGAGGACUAUCGCGCUGGAACCGGGUUUUUUGAACGUUACCUAAAAUCGGGAGACAGUAAGGAAGAGAAUGGCGAAGAAGACGAAUGCGAAAACUCGGGUGCAACGUCCGGUGAGGAGAUUUGGGGAACGCCAACAAGUGGAGAUAUGGACGAUCCCUUGAGCUCAAAUUACGACACAAAGCGUUCGCCUAAUGGCGGAUCAUUAUCUUCGGACAACGGCGACGAUACCGAAUUGAUGAUGGAUGAACUACUAAUGACUCCUCCAAUUGCAAGUGCCAAUUUACGCGGUCUACUUCCGCGAAGAACCUUAGAACCGUUAAUGGAAGAAGACUCCGAUACGUGUACAUCCUCUUCUUCGUCGCCAGACGGUUACACCCCUUCACCGCAACAGGGCAACGGAACUGGCGAUGUUGCUGACAUUUGCUUGACUGCUGCGGAAGCUCCAAGGAGCAUCCAAGAACAAUCAAAUACACCUGCAGUAGCAUUUCCAGUCAAAUCGACAACACCCAGAAUUCUCCGAUCGGACAGUUAUCGGCACAUAAUCGAAGACGACGAAGACAACGCAAAUUUUUUCAAUCGUUUCAAAUCAAAUGCGAAAAUUAUAAAUGUUGAAAGGAUUCCAAGAUCUCGAACCAUUAAAUUAUUUGAAAUAUUUUAUGUGAAGAAAACCGAUCGAAAAAUUCACGAGUCAUUUCCGGAAGGCGAUCAUUUAAUUAAAUUAUUCAAUAAAGAAGGAAUGACCUCCGACGACGUUCCCACUUCAUACUCGCAGAGGCCGAUCACCAGCAGAAUACCAAAGGACAAGCAGAUGGACGGACGCUUUUGGAGGCAGUUAAGCAGAAGAAGAGGAAGUAAGAAAUCGGACGCGACGGCCUAAGGAGUCAACUCGUAGUGUAUUUUCCGCUCAAUAAACGUGAUAACAGUGCUUCAAGUUUGGUUUUUACAGUUUGCCUUAAUAAACGAGAACUUGUGUAAAUUUUUUGCAUGAACUGGCGCUAAAUAGAAUUAUAUUUUCUAACUAUAUGCUUAAGACAGAUUUCUACGAUUCCAAUUUGUUAACUAUUAAUUAAUCUUUGUCUAUCUCUGUUAAAUUGAAUAAUUAUUAUGUGACUACGUUACGCCCUACGAAUAUUUUAUGAGUGUGUAAAUUGUAGUAGUUAACUGCAAUUGAAAUCAAAAAUCAUUCCGUCAGAACCUGAUGUGAUAAGAUUCCAUUUUAUACUGUUAUAAAAAAUUUUAAAUAAAAGC